AUGUGGAUGUUUUGGGUAUUGGCGAUUGGUGGCACGACGUCGGAGAGGGAUAUGGCUGACAACGGUGGUCACCGGAAUGCGUAUGCGACGAUGAUGUACAUGGGGACACCAAGGGAUUAUGAGUUCUACGUUGCUAUUCGAGUGAUGCUUCGAUCUCUCUCAAAGCUUCAAGUAGAUGCCGAUCUGGUAGUCAUUUCUUCUCGUGACGUUCCUCUUCCUUGGAUACAUACGUUGGAGGAGGAAGAUGGGGCAAAGGUGGUGAGAGUUGAGAACCUAAACAACCCAUACCAAAGCGAGAGCAACCAUGACCGAUUCAAACUCACACUAAACAAGUUGUAUGCAUGGAGCUUAGUAGAAUAUGAAAGAGUGAUCAUGCUCGAUGCGGACAAUCUUUUCCUUCAAAAUACAGAUGAGUUGUUUCAAUGUGGCCACUUCUGUGCAGUCUUCAUCAACCCUUGCAUCUUCCAUACCGGCCUCUUUGUUUUGCAGCCAUCAUCAAAGGUAUUUAAGAAGAUGUUACAUGAUCUAGAUAUUAAAAGAGAUAAUCCAGAUGCAGCCGAUCAAGGCUUUAUUGGAGGUUACUUUCCAUGUCUUCUUGAUCAGCCCAUGUUCCAUCCACCACCUAAUGGCACCAAACUUGAUGGUACUUUUAGACUCCCAUUGGGCUACCAAAUGGACGCUUCUUAUUAUUACCUGAAAUUGAGAUGGAGUGUACCAUGUGGACCAAAUAGUGUCAUCACAUUUCCUAGUGCACCAUGGCUGAAGCCUUGGUACUGGUGGUCAUGGCCCGUUUUACCACUAGGCAUCCAAUGGCAUCAACAACGUCAACAGACGUUAGGGUACGAUUCAGAGAUGCCUGUUGUACUAAUCCAAGGUCUAGUUUACCUAGGAAUUAUAGCAAUCACCCAUUUGGCACGCCCAAGCUGGCUUAGCAAGUUAUGGUAUCGUGGUGGUGGAGAUAAGAAUGUGAUGAUAAGCAUAAUCAUAAUCCAGAGUAGAAGCUUGAUUAUUAUAAAAGCAGUGGUGAUGUUGUCGAUUAUGAUGACAUCAUACCUGUUCCCAUUUUUGGUAAUCCCUCAUACGAUCCAUCCAAUUAUAGGGUGGGGGACGUACUUACUAGGGUCGUUUGCUCUCUCAUGUAUAGCCAUCAAGGUGUUUCUUCUUCCGGUGGUACCUGUGUUGACCCCUUGGGUAGGGAUCAUUGGUGUUCUUUUGGUCAUGGCUUGCCCCUGGUAUAAUGAUGGUGUUGUGAGGGCAUUGUUUGUUUUUGCAUAUGCUUUUUGUGCUGCACCAGUUUUGUGGAUUUCUUUAGGGAAAAUUGUAUCAUCACGCCACACUAUUUCACUUGAAAGGGAAGGUUUCUUGCCGAGUAGACUCGUUGACCCAACUCAGCCUUCUGAUCCUUUUAAUAAAUUAUAUUGAUAACUUAAUACAAAUGAACAUACGUAGAUUAGAA